AUGACUUCUUCCGACGUACGCGAUGUUCUCAACUUGGGGGAUGGAGCUGCUGGUCCCCGUCCGAACAAGAAGCAAAAGAUUGCUGCUCCCAGACCAAACUUGAAGGGUUUGGCGCGUGAAGUACACAAUCUCGGCGGCGACAAUCCUAUCGCCAUCGUCCCCGAAGUCACACAUUUUAAAAAGCGACGCUUUGCCAACCGGAAACCUGCUGCUAGAUGGGAAAUGCGUCCAUUCAAAAACUCGGCUCGUGGCGAUUCCGAUUUCAUUUUGCGACAUUGGAGGCGGAAGGAUGAGAAGCAAGAGGAGAACGAUGCAUCGCAAGAACAUACCAGUCAAGGAGAGCAAUCGCAACCGCCCAAAGACGGGCUCGAGGAUUCUGCUUUUGCAAAAUACAAUGUGCAGGUUUCGGUACCGCAGUACAGCGAGGGGCAGUAUCAACAGUCACUACAACAUGUUGAUUGGACCAAGGAGGAAACGGACUAUCUGUUGGAGCUGGCACAAGACUUUGACCUUCGAUGGCCCUUGAUUUGGGAUCGAUACGAAUGGAAUCCUCCAGCUACUAAUGGAGAGGCCGAUGCGGACGGUGACGAGAGCAAAGCUAUUGUGCCGGCAACAAGGUCCCGGACACUGGAAGACCUCAAAGCGCGGUAUUACGAGGUUGCUUCGAAGAUGAUGGCAGCGCAGAAGCCCGUGCAGUACAUGACACAACCCGAGUUCUCCCUCCAUGAGCUUAUGGCACACUUCAACCCUCAGCAGGAAAGGUUGAGAAAGGAGUUUGCGCUGAACGCCUUGACACGGUCACGCGAAGAAGCCCGCGAAGAAGAGUCUCUCUUGCUGGAGAUUAAGCGAAUACUGGCACGCAGUGAACGAUUUAACGACGAGCGGCGUGAGCUGUACAACCGUCUCGACUAUCCCAGAUCGGACACAGAUAUCAAUGCCUUCAAGUCCUCUGCUGGUCUGCAAAAUCUUUUGCAAAAUCUGAUGACCGCCGACAAGACUAAGAAGCGCAAGUCGCUCAUGCCAGGCGACGGCACCAGUCCUUCUGGUACCGCACCCCCACAAACUGCUGCUGCUGCUUCUGCUGCUGCCACGGCUGCCGCGGCAGCACAAGAGGCAGGGCGACGCGAAAGUACAGCUGCAUCUACAGGACCUCGUGAAUCAACAGCCCCAGCUGCUACGCCGACAGCUGCAAACAAUAAGAAAGGCCAGCAACAGCAACAAGAGCGACGUAAACUUACAACUCAAGAAGAGCUAUUAUACGGUGUCACUCAUCACGACCGACUGGGAUCUGGGCCAACUUUCCGUACCGAAAAGAUCAACAAGUUAUUCUCGCACAAGUCCAAUCAACAGCAAAUGCGCAUCACAAAUGUGCUCAACGAACUGGACGUGCCUAGCAAGCUUAUUAUGCCUACCGCAGCGACUACUCACCAGUAUGAACAGCUGCUUGCUGCAGUCAACAGCCUGCUUGAUGCUCGUAAGGUAUCGGACAAGCUUGACCAUGAGAUCAAGACUGAGCAGGCAAAGAAGGCGGAGCGCGAGAAAGCUAUGGCGCCCGAGUCCACCACAGGUAACGACCCUGCUCAACAGGAGAAGAAGGAUGGUGAGGAUUCAGAAACCCGAGCCGCCACCGCCACAGCGGAAACAAGCAAAGGAGAAACAAAUCGUAACGCCACGUCUGCCCCUGAAGAUGAGAACAAGGAUGCUUCAGAAACAGCCAUUACUGCCGAGACCCCGGUCGCUUCGAACAAGGAAACGGAACAAAAUACUGAAACCGACAAGAACGAACGCCCCGGCAGUAGUGGCGGAAGACAGAAACGAAGUGCUAGUGUUCUUAGCAGUGUCAGUGACAAGAGCAACAAGCGGCAGAAGAAGUAA